CUGGGCAGGCCUUUGUUUCUGGCUGUGAGUACCAGCUCCUAUCCACUGUUAUCUGUUUUUCCUGUGUAGUUUUAUAAGAAUCAAUUGCAGACUUUACCCGGGCUGGCGCCUGUAACCAAUUGGUUCACCCAGCCAAUGUGGGCUGAUAAACAGGGGGCUGGCCCAGCCAGUAGGGCUUGACAUUAUGAAUGUAGUAGGAACUCCAAGGUUAGAUUAUUACGGGCUUUUUGUACUUUACCAGACUCUGUAGCUGGCAAGCACUCCCAGAGCAAUGGUCUCUACUUUUCUCCAGCCUUCUAGACCCUGGGUUCUGUGGAUAACCAGCUGACACCCUUUUUCUUGGUGCAGAGUCUUCCGGUGGCCAGCAGGAAAGAAAGCAGAUUCAGCCCAUUUGUUCAGCUCCCGUGGACAAACUGCCUGCUUCCCCAGCCCCUGGCCCCAGACCAUGGCCCUCCACCCCCGCAGAGUCCGGCUGAAGCCCUGGCUGGUAGCCCAGGUGGAUAGUGGUCUCUACCCUGGGCUCAUCUGGCUACACCGAGACUCCAAACGUUUCCAGAUACCCUGGAAACAUGCCACCCGGCAUAGCCCCCAGCAGGAGGAGGAAAACACCAUUUUUAAGCUCUCGACUGCUGACCUUGCUCGUCCCUGGAGCCUCAGAUGGACACAAGCAUCUGAGGCUCUGUGUGCUCACCCUCGUGCUUAUGUUCUAGGUUCUCCUAUGGCACCGCCCAGUGUGGGCAACUGCAGUGUGGGUAACUGCAGCCCUGAAGCAGUGUGGCCCAAAACAGAACCUCUAGAGAUGGAAGUGCCCCAGGCACCCAUCCAGCCCUUCUAUAGCUCUCCAGAGCUGUGGAUCAGCUCUCUCCCAAUGACUGACCUGGACAUCAAGUUUCAGUACCGUGGGAAGGAGUGUGGGCAAACCAUGACUGUGAGCAACCCCCAGGGCUGCCGGCUCUUCUACGGGGACCUGGGUCCUAUGCCUGACCAGGAGGAGCUCUUUGGUCCUGUCAGCCUGGAGCAGGUCAAAUUUCCAGGGCCAGAGCAUAUCACCAAUGAAAAGCAGAAGCUCUUUACCAGCAAGCUACUGGACGUCAUGGACAGAGGACUGAUCCUGGAGGUCAGCGGCCACGCCAUUUAUGCCAUCAGGCUGUGCCAGUGCAAGGUGUACUGGUCUGGGCCAUGUGCCCCAUCACUUGUUGCUCCCAACCUGAUUGAGAGACAAAAGAAGGUCAAGCUCUUUUGUCUGGAAACAUUCCUGAGUGACCUCAUUGCCCACCAGAAAGGACAGAUAGAGAAGCAGCCACCAUUUGAGAUCUACUUAUGCUUUGGGGAAGAAUGGCCAGAUGGGAAGCCCUUGGAAAGGAAGCUUAUUUUGGUUCAGGUUGUUCCUGUGGUGGCUCGGAUGAUCUUUGAGAUGUUUUCUGGUGAUUUCGCACGCUCCUUUGACAGUGGCAGUGUCCGCCUGCAGAUCUCGACUCCAGACAUCAAGGAUAACAUUGUCACUCAGCUGAAACAGCUGUACCGCAUCCUCCAAACUCAGGAAAGCUGGCAGCCCAUGCAGCCCACGCCCAACAUGCAACUGCCUCCUGCCCUGCCGACCCAGUGAGGACAAAUGCCUUACUUCUCUCCUCCUCCUGUCUACCCCAUCAUAUUGUACAUAUAAUUGUUUUUCCAGAUUUUAUCAGCUUUUAAAUUUCUUUCUUGUAACAGUGUUAGAAGUCUGUAACUCCAAAUGUGCCUGGCUUUUAAAGUUGAUUUAAUUUAUGGAAAAUCGCCAUACUUUCCUUUGUUUUUUUUUUUUUUUU